AUGUGGUGCCAUCAGUGUCGCUAUGUGGUUGCCAGGGGUAUUGCUAUGUGGUCGCCUCGCUGUCGCUAUGUGGUUGCCAAAGUAUUGCCAUGUGGUCGCCUUGGUGUCGCUAUGUGGUUGCCAGGGUAUUGCCAUGUGGUGCCCUCAGUGUCGCUAUGUGGUUGCCAGGGUAUUGCCAUGUGGUCGCCUCGCUGUCGCUAUGUGAUUGCCAGGGGUAUUGCCAUGUGGUCGCCUCAGUGUCGCUAUGUGGUUGCCAGGGUGUGGGAUGGUGUCGGCAGUGGGCGGUGCUUACACACAUACUCCGCCCACCGCGGGGCAGUGCGUGAUGCCUGCUGGCUGGCCGAUGGGCGACGCCUCCUGUCAGGAUCGUUUGACGGCACGGUGGCGAUCAGUGACCUGGAGACGGGUCAGGUGCUUGUGCGGAUGGAGAACGGGUUUAAGGUCUGCUGUGUGGCUCCUCGACCGUCUGAGCCUGAUGUGUUUCUGUGUGGAGGCUUCAGUCCAGAGGUCAGAGCCUGGGACUCACGCUGCUGUAAGGUGCUGCAUGUGUACAGAUCUGCAGUUCAGCAGACUCUGGAUCUGCUGUUUGUAAAUGCAGGACGAGAGUUCGUGAGCAGCACUGAUGCCGUCAGUCGAGACUCAGCCGACCGAACACUCAUCGUCUGGGACUUCCAGACCAACGCCAAACUCUCCAACCAGAUCUUCCAUGAGAGAUAUACCUGUCCCUGUCUCACAGCUCAUCCGCUGGACAACAGCUUCAUCGCUCAGACCAACGGAAACUACAUCGCACUGUUCUCAGACCAGCGGCCCUACCGCAUGAACAAGAGACGCAGAUAUGAGGGACACAAGGUGGAGGGGUUUGCAGUGCAUUGUGGGUUCUCUGCAGACGGCAGUGUCGUGGCCUCUGGGAGCUCCACCGGUUCUGUCCACUUCUAUGACUAUCAGAGCUCGAGGACACUGAAGACACUACAGGCUCAUGAGGAUGCGUGUGUGUGUGUGGAGAUGCAUCCCAUAAUCCCUGGCGUCGCCGCCACCGCAGACUGGACUGGUCAGAUCAAUCUGUGGACGUGAGGAUAGUGAAGAACACUGAUCCAGGUUCAGCACUGCAGUAUAUGAUGUAGAACUACACACUGCACAGUAAUCACCCACUGAAGAUGUGCAAUGUUACACUCCACGACUACAUUACAGCGAUCACAUUUACACACCAUGAUCAAUCACUGUGCAUGUGGACAGACGUGAAGCCUUCAACUAAUAAGAAGCACAGGUUUAUUCAGGAAAGACAGCACACAUAUAGACGCAUGCGUGUGGAAGCGGCCGAGCAGACUGAGGUAGAACAGAAACACACAGUAAAGAGCAGCUGAUACAGUCAUGCAUUUACAGUCUUAAACACUGCUCCAGCUCACCUCCAUCUUAAUAAAGCAGAAGGAGACGGUGUUCAUCACAGUGUCUGAAUGAGGAAUGAUGUGUUUAGGUGUUCCAGGAGUCAUUUCUCUGAUCAGAUCUGUCUGUAUUUAGUACAUUGAGCAUUUACAGAAUUAUUCUGUGUGUCGGCGAUGUGUUCACAUUCUGCCAAAUAAAGCUUUUUUACAUUGACGACUAU